UUGGAGUAGGGCGGAAUUUGGAUUAUUAGGUUACCCAAAUUUGGAGGUUCAACUAUAGACUUUUAUAUAUACAUACAUCAGUCAUUCACACGUGUAGAUGUCAGCCUAGAGAGUUUAUUUCAUUUUACGGGGAAAAUAAUUACCUAACCUUGAAUAUCACGGCAGGAUGAUGAAGGACGGCCUUGGGAAGAACCAAAAGGAGCAGGUACCUUGUGCUCGGGUUCGAAACAUAAGACCUUUAAGCAUGGGCGGCAACGUGGAGCAGCGUCCCUGGACACCAACGGUUCGCAUAGGCAAGAUAGCAGCCGAGAGCACCAAUCCUGGUCCAGCUAUUGUUCAGCUGCCAACAUUGAUUGGCAGCAAGGUGCCCGACUCCAAGAAGAAGGCAGCACCCUCCUACUCCUUUGGUCACAAGUUGGGCGGCAAAUACGAGACCUUUGGUCCUGGUCCAGCCCAAUACAAUGUAACGGGUCUGCGGUCCAAGGGACGAGACUAUCCCCGAGCGGCCACCCUCCAGAGUCGACCCAAGGAGCUGUCGCGUUUCUCCAAUCCCGGCCCCGGGGAGUAUGAUGUGGUGCCGGCGGCCAAAGCGGUGAUCGAUGCCACGCCCAAGUACACCUUUGGCCAGAAACCGGCCAGCCUCAAGCAGUUCCAGAUCCCAGCUCCGAAUAGCUAUUGCCCUGAAAAGGUCACGCAAUCAAAAAAGAAUGCGCCACGCUACACUUUCGGUAGACGAACUAAAAUCCAACACGAUCAGGGCACACCAGCUCCUGGCGCCUAUUGCCCCGAGAAGGUGAAGCUUAGCAAGACGCCGGAGUUUAGCUUUGGCAUCAAGCAUCACGAACAGCGGCCGGACUAUACGCCAGCGCCGGGCACCUACAAACCCGAACAGGUUGUUCUAGAACACAUGCCCGCCUACAGCUUCGGCCUGAAAACCAAACACAUUCAGGUCAGCGACACGCCAGCACCCGGUGCUUACAGCCCAGAAAAAUCACGGCUACACUCGACACCCGCUUACACAAUUGCAGGAAAGGCCUCGCAUGACGUUGUCGAUUGCACACCAGCUCCCGGCGCAUACGAACCCGAAAAGUGCCUGCUGGGCAGGACUCCUGCUUUUAGCUUCGGCCAUCGCGUGGAGCUCGUUAAGGCCAGCGACACCCCGGCACCGGGCACCUAUCAGCCCGAGAAGGUGCGGCUGGAUCAUACGCCAGCCUUUACCCUGGCCGGCCGUCCCGAGACGAAGACCUCGAGCGAGACCCCUGCUCCCGGUUCGUAUGCCCCGGAGAAGUACCGCUUUGACAACACGCCGGCCUUCACCUUCGGCGGUAAGCACGAGCAGCGGCUCGAGAGCUCCACUCCGGCACCGGGAGACUAUCGUCCCGAACGAGUACGGCACGAUCACAACCCCGCUUUCUCAUUCGCCGGUCGCCACGAACUGCACAAGACAAGCGACACACCAGCUCCCGGGGCGUACGACACGGAGAAGGUGCGGCAGGACCACAAUCCCGCCUUCUCGUUUGCCGGUCGCCAUGAUCACCAGAAGCCAGACAUUACUCCUGCUCCUGGAGCUUACAGCCCCGAAAAGGUUAGGCAAGAUCACAAUCCUGCUUUCUCGAUGGCGGGAAAGCACAUGCAAAAGAUCUCGAGUGACACACCAGCUCCCGGUGACUACUGUCCCGAGAAAGUGCGACUAGACCAUACUCCCGCCUAUUCAUUUGGGGGCAAGAAUGAUCCAAAGGUGGAGAACAGUACCCCUGCUCCCGGAGAUUAUCACCCAGAAAAGGUUAGGCAAGACCAUAAUCCUGCCUUCUCAUUUGCCGGUCGUCAUGAUCAUUCUAAGCCAAGUGAUACUCCUGCUCCUGGAGCUUACUCUCCUGAGAAAAUCAGACAAGAUCACAAUCCUGCGUUCUCAAUGGCUGGCAAGCACGAUCCCAAAGUCUCCAAUGAUAUACCUGCUCCCGGCGAUUACUGCCCUGAGAAGGUUCGCUUGGAUCACACCAUUGCUUACACUUUUGGGGGAAAAUAUGAUGCCAAGACAGAAAGCAAUACACCUGCGCCCGGAGAUUAUCACCCAGAAAAGGUUAGGCAAGACCACAAUCCCGCCUUCUCAUUUGCCGGUCGUCAUGAUCAUUCUAAGCCAAGUGAUACUCCUGCUCCUGGAGCUUAUUCCCCUGAGAAGGUCAGACAAGAUCAUAACCCCGCCUUUUCUAUGGCAGGAAAACAUAUCGAGAAGAUAGUAAAUGGUACUCCAGCUCCUGGAGACUACUGUCCCGAGAGAGUCAGACAGGACCACAAUCCCGCCUUCUCUUUCGCCAGUCGUCAUGAUCAUUCUAAGCCAAGUGAUACUCCUGCUCCUGGAGCAUACUCUCCCGAAAAGGUCAGGCAGGAUCACAAUCCUGCAUUCUCAAUGGCUGGCAAGCACGAUCCCAAGGUCUCUAACGACACUCCUGCGCCCGGCGACUACUGCCCUGAGAAGGUUCGCUUAGACCAUACCAUUGCUUACACUUUUGGGGGAAAAUAUGUUCCCAAGGUGGAAAAUAAUACACCUGCGCCCGGAGAUUAUCACCCAGAAAAGGUCAGACAAGACCAUAAUCCCGCCUUCUCAUUUGCCGGUCGUCAUGAUCAUUCUAAGCCAAGUGAUACUCCUGCUCCUGGAGCUUAUUCCCCUGAGAAGGUCAGACAAGAUCAUAACCCCGCCUUUUCUAUGGCAGGAAAACAUAUCGAGAAGAUAGUAAAUGGUACUCCAGCUCCUGGAGACUACUGUCCCGAGAGAGUCAGACAGGACCACAAUCCCGCCUUCUCUUUCGCCGGUCGUCAUGAUCAUUCUAAACCAAGUGAUACACCUGCUCCCGGAGCAUAUUCACCUGAAAAGGUCAGGCAGGAUCACAAUCCUGCGUUCUCAAUGGCUGGCAAGCACGAUCCCAAGGUCUCUAACGACACUCCUGCGCCCGGCGACUACUGCCCUGAGAAGGUUCGCUUAGACCAUACCAUUGCUUACACUUUUGGGGGAAAAUAUGUUCCCAAGGUGGAAAAUAAUACACCUGCGCCCGGAGAUUAUCACCCAGAAAAGGUCAGACAAGACCAUAAUCCCGCCUUCUCAUUUGCCGGUCGUCAUGAUCAUUCUAAGCCAAGUGAUACUCCUGCUCCUGGAGCUUAUUCCCCUGAGAAGGUCAGACAAGAUCAUAACCCCGCCUUUUCUAUGGCAGGAAAACAUAUCGAGAAGAUAGUAAAUGGUACUCCAGCUCCUGGAGACUACUGUCCCGAGAGAGUCAGACAGGACCACAAUCCCGCCUUCUCUUUCGCCAGUCGUCAUGAUCAUUCUAAGCCAAGUGAUACUCCUGCUCCUGGAGCAUACUCUCCCGAAAAGGUCAGGCAGGAUCACAAUCCUGCAUUCUCAAUGGCUGGCAAGCACGAUCCCAAGGUCUCUAACGACACUCCUGCGCCCGGCGACUACUGCCCUGAGAAGGUUCGCUUAGACCAUACCAUUGCUUACACUUUUGGGGGAAAAUAUGUUCCCAAGGUGGAAAAUAAUACACCUGCGCCCGGAGAUUAUCACCCAGAAAAGGUCAGACAAGACCAUAAUCCCGCCUUCUCAUUUGCCGGUCGUCAUGAUCAUUCUAAGCCAAGUGAUACUCCUGCUCCUGGAGCUUAUUCCCCUGAGAAGGUCAGACAAGAUCAUAACCCCGCCUUUUCUAUGGCAGGAAAACAUAUCGAGAAGAUAGUAAAUGGUACUCCAGCUCCUGGAGACUACUGUCCCGAGAGAGUCAGACAGGACCACAAUCCCGCCUUCUCUUUCGCCAGUCGUCAUGAUCAUUCUAAGCCAAGUGAUACUCCUGCUCCUGGAGCAUACUCUCCCGAAAAGGUCAGGCAGGAUCACAAUCCUGCAUUCUCAAUGGCUGGAAAGCACGAUCCCAAGGUCUCCAAUGACACACCUGCUCCCGGCGACUAUUGCCCCGAGAAGGUUCGCUUGGAUCAUACCAUUGCUUACACUUUUGGCGGAAAAUAUGAUCCCAAGGUGGAAAAUAAUAGCCCUGCCCCCGGAGAUUAUCACCCAGAAAAGGUUAGACAAGACCACAAUCCCGCCUUCUCCUUCGCCGGUCGCCAUGAUCAUUCUAAACCAAGUGAUACUCCUGCUCCUGGAGCUUACUCUCCUGAAAAGGUCAGGCAGGAUCACAAUCCUGCAUUCUCAAUGGCUGGAAAGCACGAUCCCAAGGUCUCUAACGACACUCCUGCACCUGGCGACUACUGCCCCGAGAAGGUUCGCUUGGAUCACACCAUUGCAUACACUUUUGGCGGAAAAUAUGAUACCAAAACAGAAAGCAAUACACCUGCGCCCGGAGAUUAUCACCCAGAAAAGGUUAGACAGGACCACAAUCCCGCCUUCUCUUUCGCCGGUCGUCAUGAUCAUUCUAAGCCAAGUGAUACUCCUGCUCCUGGAGCAUACUCACCCGAAAAGGUCAGGCAGGAUCACAAUCCUGCAUUCUCAAUGGCAGGCAAGCACGAUCCCAAGGUGUCCCAUGACACUCCUGCGCCCGGCGACUACUGCCCCGAGAAGGUUCGCUUGGACCAUACCAUUGCUUACACUUUUGGCGGCAAGUACGACACCAAGGUUGAAAAUAGUAAUCCAGCUCCCGGAGAUUACCACCCCGAGAAAGUCAGGCAAGAUCACAAUCCCGCCUUCUCCUUCGCUGGCCGCCACGACCCGCACAAGCCCAGCGAGACCCCCGCUCCAGGAGACUACUCGCCGGAAAAGGUGCAACUGGACCGAGCACCCGCUUUCAGCUUUGGUGGCAAGCACGACCCCAAGGCGGAUCAUCUCCAUCCCGCGCCCUGCGACUACGCCCCCGAGAGAGUUCGUCUCGACCAUACACCCGCAUACACCAUUGCAGGUCGUCCGGCCGCGGAGAUCCUUAGCCAGACUCCGGCUCCGUGCGACUACCAUCCGGAGCAGUGCCUGGUGGACCGCAGCACGCCAGCGUUUACCUUCGGCAUGCGGCUGGGACGGGAGCAGGUCUCCGAUACUCCAGCACCGUCCGCGUACGAGCCGGAAAAACACACUCUGCACUCCACGCCCGCCUACACCUUUGGCACCAAGUCGCAGUUGCGGGUGACCACCGAUGCACCAGCCCCGGGUCACUAUCAUCCCGAGCAGUGCAGGCUGGACAGCUCGCCAGCGUAUAGCUUUGGCCUGAAGACGGCACCGAUUCCCUCGCUUCCAGAACCCAAAGGCGCGUACAUCGAAGAUCGCAUUGUCCAGAGACGCGAACGCCGCCUGGCCAGUCCCGUACGCAACAAUGCUGAAUGCACGACCACCACAACCACCACAACGACCAAGAAAACCUUUAUCAAUGGUGUAGAGCAGCCGGAGCUGCAGCAAACACACAGCUCCACCUCCAAGCAGGUGAAUGGCACCCACAAGGAGCCACUGCCCGCACCUGCACUGAGCAAUGGCAAUCACUCCCAGGCCGUUAGCACCACCACCACCACCUCCACACGAGUACAGCAGGUUUCCCACGGCCAACAGGAGAGUGCCAACCUUAAGGUGAUGGCCAGCGGUAAGUCGGAUGCGAGUGCCACCAAGGCGGCGGCGGUCAGUCACCAGAGAAUAGUCCAGCCGGAUGGCGCCAUCGUGACCAGUGGCCAGUCCACCAAAAUGCGGACAGUCAAGUAUGCUGUGGAGGCAAGCAGCGUGCAGGAGAAGAUCAUCAGCUCCUAACGUCUACAAGAUACCCACCGUCAUGGGCAGCAGCAAGGAGGGCAAGAUCCGCUCGGCUCCGGCCUACACGAUCACGGGACGCGAGAAGCCGCCUCUGAUUCCGGUC